UAGCUUAUGUAUGUGUGUGUUUGUUCGGUCAAUAUGAUCCCCGGAGAUCUCCAAGCUGAAGUAUCUCGGUAAUUUGUGGCAGAACGGGAGAUUCCUGCGCUCACCGAGUGGAUCGUGAGGAUGACGUCACACGGCGGCGGUGACGCCGGGUCUGCGGGCACCGGGACAGGUGUGUUACCUGUGGCUGCGUACUGCUGGAUCUCCAACAUGUCCAUUAAAAUGAACUGCAUUUCCUGAACGCGUUUUUAAAAUGAUUACCUAUUUAUUUGCGGCUACUGACGGCUUCGACUUUUAGUCUAUUGAUUGAUCGCGAACAGUUCGUGACGCUUUGUAAACGCGUGAAGACACGCAAAAAACCACUCCCUGAGCACUGGAUGUCAAGCGCGCUUUUGGAGAGGAGAAAAUCACGUUUAUUCGGUGUGACGCAUCACCGGGACCGGACUGCAGCAUGUGCGAGACGGUGAUGGCCGUUUCUCAGCUGGACACCGAGUCCCAUGCACCGGAGAACGGAUUUGUGACCCCCGAAACUAAUAAUAAAUCUCCGGGGCUGCUCUCGCAGAUUGACGGCGGCGUUUUACCGAGUGUGGGUGGAUUUGGGAAGUAUCAGAAACAGCUGAUCGUUUUAACGUGGAUCCCGGCCAUUUUUAUAGGCUUCAGCCAGUUUUCUGACAGUUUUCUCCUGACUAAUCCGUGUCCUGAGCCGCAUAAUAGCAGUCAGCUCCUGACUGUUGCUCCGACCGCCGUUAGCACCGUGUUUACCCGUGCAAAUACCGAGGCGCCAUCGCAAUGCAACUGCACGCCGUCCAACUAUAAACUGCAAAACGGAUUAGAGCAAAAUAUUGUCACCAAGUGGAACCUGGUCUGUGACUCUGCCUGGAAAAUUCACAUCGCCAAGUUUUCUCUGCUGGUGGGCUCCAUCUUUGGAUACUUGGUGUUGGGAGUUCUGGCAGAUUGGUUUGGCAGACACCCAGUCCUGAUCCUGUCGGUGGUUUUCCUGCUAGUUUUUGGCAUGACGGUGGCUUUCUCCGUCAACCUCCCGAUGUUCGGCACACUGCGCUUCUUUGAGGGAUUUUGCUUGGCAGGAAUCACAUUGUCUCUCUAUGUACUGAGGAUUGAGCUCUGUCUGCCAAGAUGGCGUUUCUCCAUCACUAUGGUGGCCAACUUCAUGAUGCUGGCCGGUCAGCUGCUCAUGCCUGGACUGGCAGCUCUGUGCCGUGAUUGGCAGAUUUUGCAGGCAGUGAUAAUCUGCCCUCUAUUACUCAUGCUGUCCUACAUCUGGGCUUUUCCUGAAUCUCUGCGAUGGCUGCUGGCGACUCAACAGUACAGUCGAUCCAAGUGGAUCAUGGAGCGAAUCUCCAAGAAAAACAAGAUCAACCUGCAGGAGGACGCAGAGGAGCUCAUGACAGAGCUAAACGGAGCCCUGCCAAAACAACCCAAGAAGACCUGCAUUGUGAAGAUGGUCGGCACCAGGAACCUGUGGAAGAAUAUAGUAGUGCUCUGCGUCAACUCGUUGACAGGUUACGGCAUACACCACUGCUUUGCACGCAGUAUGAUGGAAAAGAAGACUGUCGGGUUUGUGGAAAAGCUCCAUGAUUUUUAUGCGGAGUACUACGUGAUGGCGGUCAUCGCGGUGACGUCGUGUGUGUUUCUGUGUCCUGCCGUGGCGCUCAUGGGACGGCGUGGAGGACUGCUAAUGUUCAUGAUCAUCACUGCACUAGCAUCUCUGCUUCAGCUAGGACUACUAAACUUGUUGGGGAAGUACGGAGAUCAUCUGAGUCUUGUACACUCCGAUGAGCUGAACGACAAAUUUUCGGUGGCUUUCUCCAUCAUUGGCAUGUUCUCCUCCCACGCCGUCAGCAACCUAAGCAUCUUUUUUUGUGCUGAAAUCACUCCUUCGGUUAUUAGGGGUGGUGGACUAGGCCUGGUGUUGGCCAGUGCUGGUUUUGGCAUGCUGACAUCCCCAAUCAUGGAGCUCCAUAACCAGAAAGGCUAUUUUCUGCAUCACAUCAUUUUCGCCUGCUGUACUCUGAUCUGCAUCAUUUGCAUCCUGCUGUUGCCUGAAACCAGAAAUCAACCACUACCGGAAACACUGUCAGAUGGAGAAAGUUACACUCGGCAACCGCUACUCCCACCUCGAAAACCAGGAGAGCAGCGUCUUCUGCUGACCAAAUCUGAGAGUCGCGAGUACGCAAGAGUUGGAGAUACUCCACUCCACGAAGCGGCGGCCACUGCGGUUUCCACUAUGGACUCCACCGCUUCAUCUGCCGUCGAUAUACACAUGCUUAUAGAUGCCCCCGUCCAGCAAGAAACGGCUCAGGUGCAACUGCUAUGCAUGGAGACUUUGACUUCAUCCCAAGAGCAAGGUGAACUCAAGCAAAGCACCAAAAAGCAUCCCAAAUCUGUUGAAGAUCGUCUUCUAGGCACCAUCCCCAACACCUCCACACCACUCUCUGUUAACUCCAUCCCCAAAUCUAAGCGACCGGAAUCUCCACAUGAUGACGUCUUGGCUGUUUUAUCUUCUACAGUUGAGGACGCUUCGUUGAUCAUCCAUCCUGUUCCUUCAGGACUUCCUUUGAUUCUAGACUCUGUCAUUCCUCCUGCCGCUGUAGGAUCUCCAUUGGAAGUUGAUAAUGAAGUAGACUCUAUAGAUUCCAAGCAACCAGAAUCUCCACCUGAUGACGACCUAGCUGUUUUGUCUUCUCCAAUUGAGGACACUUCGUUGACCAUCCAUCCUGUUCCUUCUGAAAUUCCUUCGAUUAUAGACACAGUCAUUCCUACUGCUGUAGGGUCUCCAUUGGAAGUUAAUAACGAAGUGGACUCUACUGAUUCAGUCUUACCCCCCAUAGACAUUCCCCUCUGCACAGUGACCCAGUCCAACAACCCAUCAUCAAGUGGUCAAUCACCAAAUCUUUUAAAUGACAUCCCUCCCUCUUCCUCAAUAGACUCCCACAUUCAUCCAGUGUCUGAAAUCUUACCCCCUUCCCCAACAGAACUCUCAAUGCUAGCCCCGUCUAGUCAAAUGAACGCCAUCCCAGCUCCACCCAUAGAUUCUGGCACUCCAUUGUUACAGUUAGACGCUCCACCUGAGAUGAACUCUAUUGAAUCUGCUCCACCUUCAUUAAGUAAUGGUAGUACUAGUCUCCUUGCAGCUCACGCCACAAGCACUGACUCUGACUCUGUUACAGAAUCUGGCAACCCACUCAUGGUGAACUCCACCGUUUCCUCACCUAUUGACUCAGGUUUACCUUCGGACGUUGAUUUACCGAAUACUGCCAAUGGGGGAACGUCUUCAUGACGGAAACACAUUUGGUGCACAGGACUUGUUGGGCAUCCUUGCUAUUCCGACUGCGUAAUAUCAAAAUUAAAGGGAUCGUUCACGCAAGAAUUCAAAUUCUCUUAUUGAUUAUGCACUCUAUUGUCAUUACAAACCUGUUGGAUCUUCAUUCAUAUUUGGAUUGAAUAUGUUUUAGAUCAGGGGUGGCCAUUCCGGUACCUGGAAAUCUACCUUCCUGCAGAUUUCAGCUGCAACCUUAAACAAACACACCUGUCUGUAAUUACCAAGUGCUCCUUGAGAUCUGACUAAAGCUGCAGUCACACCAGAGUUUGUGUGUGCGAAAUUCUGUCGUCCAGCGCUGCGAAAAGGGGCGGGAUUAAACGCAAGCGAUUGCUCCGUUUUAAAUUUCUGUCCAGAGAGGUCUUGUUUUGAUCCUCGAUUGGUCUCACACAGUCAAGUGAUGCGAUUUCGCAGGUCAGAGUUCACCAAGCUUGAACUUUGCACAGCAGCGACAUGCGAAACUUGACGCAUGACCUUGCGUUUCCGGUCUGACGCAUUCGCGUGCGUAUGAAUAGAAGUCUAUGGGAGGAAAAGCCCAGUGUGACCGCAGCUUUAGUUGUGUUUAAUCAGGGUUGGAGCUGAACUCUGUAGGAAGGUAGAUCUCCAGAAACAGGAUUGGGCACCCCUGUUUUAGAUGAUUUGCCAGUACUGUGUUGUGGCUGGAAGGGCAUUCGCUGCGUAAAACAUAUGCCGGAAUAGUUGGCGGCCGAAGGCAAAUGAGUGAAUGUUUUAGAUGAAAUCCAAGAGCUCUUUUACUCUUCAUAGACUGCAAGGGUCCUGAAAUAUUCAGAGGCCCAGAAAGAAUCCUCAAUGUGUAAAUUCGUAAUUUUUAUGAAGUUACAAGAAUACUUUUGUGUGCAACAAAACACAGAAAUAAUGACUUGAUUUGACUUCUUCAGGACAUGAGAGCACUGUGUGUUUCGCUGCUGAUCAGUGUUAAUAUUGACAAUGAAAAUAAGGGGGAAAAAUGUUGGUUGCCUACACUGUAAAAAAUGCUGGGUUCCACACUAUUCCGUCAUGUUGUCCCAACACAAAUCGACAAAGUUUAUGCAAAUUUAAGUGGACUGAACAUGAUGAACUUGUACCAAAAAAAACCAAGAGUUGUGUUGAUUCAGCUCAUUUUAAUUAAGAGUGUGAACAAGCUGCAAAAAUCAAAAUCGUAGGUAGGGGUGAGUCUGGUGGGCCCCUAAUAGUAUCUCUUUGGCCCUUAGAAUAGUCCUAAAUACCCCCCGCCGAGUGUAUAUGUUAACAGAAACACUAGCUGUCUCAUUUCAGAGGCUGUAUCCUCCGAAGGAUGCAUUCGAAGGGUGCUCAGCAUUGAAGACAUUUCAAAAAAAUUCAAAGGCUCCUUCAAAUGCGUCCUUCGUUUCCCAGGUAAUGAGGAAUACAACUGGUGGACCCUUUGCGACCUCGAACAUCCCAAGAUUUUGAGGAAAAAAGUCAGAAAUUUUCUUACCGCUCAUUAGCGGCAGCUGUUACGGUUACUAGGUGAUGAGAUCUGUCCUCUGUAGGCUAGAAUGUCUCAACUGGGAUUUCAAAACUCAUGCUUCGGCCUGUGUGGACUUUGAAGGACUCACCUUGGAAGUCUAUAUCCUUCAGAGGAUGCAGCCUCUGAAAUGAGACACAGCUACUGUGUUUGGCUACACUCAAAAAAGUAUGUUUUUUAGCUGCUUGUUUAAAUUACUUAUUCAAAACGAGUUGAAACAACACAAUUCUUAAGCUUUUUAUGACAAUUUAAUUAUUUUACGUUCAAUUCCCGUAAAUUUGUAAAGCGAUUGAGUUAGCCUAAUCAAUGUGUGUUGGGACAACAUGAAGGAUUUGUGUGGAACCCAGCAUUUAACAUAGAAACUUGACGGGUUCGGAUGCUCUGAUCCAGUCAUCUAAUAAAUGAACAGUGCAUUAUUGUUGACACAACAGACUAAAAUGUAGUCAAAAAAAUGAUAAAACCAACAUACAUUUCAGAUAUAAUCCACAGCAUUGUGUUGUUCCUUCAUUAGAUGCGCAGCAGAACUCUCAAGCUUAUGUUUGUCAAGUCAUUUUCAUUGAUGAAAUAUAUCAACGAAUAUUUUCAUUUGAAUAAGUUUGGGCAAAAACAAAAAAAAAGGCAAGUUCAUACAUGAUAACGAAGGCUAUUUUAAUGUAUAGGAUCGUUAUUCACGUGUAAACAGCACUGUAACAUAAUGCUGGGUUCCACACAACUCCUUCAUGUUGUCCCAACACAAAUCAAUUAACAUAAUUGUUUUUAUUUAAUUUGAUUGAACAUAAAAAAUUAAGUUGUCCCAAAAAAGCUUAAGAAUUGUGUUGUUGCAACUCAUUUUAAAUAAGUAGUUUGAACAAGCAACGAAACUCUUUUUCUUUUUUUAAUGGUGUGGACACAUUCCAGGAUUUAUUUCAGCAUUGCAACAAAGUCAUUUGGUGAAUGCGCAUCCUAAAAUUGUCGAAUAAUGUCAUUAUUUUGUUUGUUUGUAUUUUUUGUGUCCGCGGAGGCACACUGAACAUGAAACUGAUGAAAUUUUCAGACAUGUUGGCGAACACUUAAGCAAUGACUAGACUUUUUUUUUUGCCCAGUCUUAAAUAUUUAAAUCAGAAUAUAGAGAUGUCAGCAAUAUACAUCUGUAGUGUAACUUGUGAACAUGCAUCCUGAACAGACACCGAAGAGAGAAAUAGUUAAAAGUGACAUUUAAAGGCUUAACUAGGGUAAUUAGGGUAAAGUUAGGGUAAUUAGGCAAGUCAUUGUAUAACAGUGGUUUGUUCUGGAGAAAGUCCAAAACUAAUCGUGCUUAACGGGACUGGUAAUAUUGACCUUAAAAUGCUUUUAAAAAAAAUUAAGAACUGCUUUUAUUCUAGCCAAAAUAAAACAAAUAAGACUUUUUGCAGAAGAAAAAAUAUUAUAGGAAAUACUGUGAGAAAUUCCGGAAUCUGUUCAACAUAAUUUGGGAAAUAAUUGGGGGAAAAAAAAAAACAUUUAGCUUUGUAAAAUCGUGAUUGAACCACUGAUGCCACAUGGAUUGUUCUGAUAAUUUUCCUGGCAUAUUUCUGGAUUUAAUAUUGCAGAACUCUUGCUGUCUAUGGAGGGUCUGAGAGCUCCAGGAUUUCAUCUAAAACACCUUAAUUUGCAUUUUAAAGAUGAACGAAGAUUUUUAUGGAUUUGUAACAGCAUGAAGGUACAUAAUAAAUGAUAAUAAUUGUCAUUUUUGUGUGAACUAACCCUUUAAAAGGGGAUUGGGGGGCUCAUGCCAGUCAUUAUUAGUGGUAUUUUCCGUUCCUGCAGCCAUGACGCAAUAUGGCGAAGCAAGGAAAAGCUAUAAAAGGAUUCGACUGAAAGGGAACAACCAUAAACAGGAGCAUCUGUGAACUCAAAUAGCCUUCUUACUUACUGUGGUGCCAGUAUCUGCUUUUUUUGGGGCAGCUAGAUCCUACAAAUCAUCAACGGUGGCGACUUCCCACUUGAGUUACUCUGGAAGUCUGUGUGAUCUAGUGAUUAGCUUGCUCAGAUCUGCUUGUUUGAUUAGUAAUUAACAGCUAGAUUGGUCAAAUGUGAUGUUUAAUUUUCUCUGAAUCCUGUGAUUAAGUCUAAACAUUAAAAUGACAUCUGUGUCCAGCGUCGAAGGGAAUCUCUCUCUCUCAAAAUAAUAAAGAAUAAACUGUACAUUUUAUUCUGGGAAUGUUUGCCGAUGUGUCUUGAUGCCGCUAUAAAUUAGGUGUCAAAUAAACACUUAAUUUCCUGUAUUCAUAAUGUAUGAAAAAAAAAAGACAACAGAAAACAUGGAUAUUUCUGUGAAAUACUACACAAAUACUGCUUGAAAUGGUAUUUGAGUUGUAUGUUUUAUUAAUGUUUUUUUAAGCUAAUCACUAGAUUCCUUGGGGAAAAUAAUAAUUUGAGGAAUACAGAUGAUACUUCGUGGUUGUGUAACACUGUCUAUGUGAUCCACAAUACCAACACAGGCUCGUUGUGGAUACGUACUCCUGUCUACAUUUCUGGAGAGCGCGAAUUAUGUAGUCAGAGAUAUCGUCUUUAAAACGAACGCUACAGGGUGGUAUGAUGCCACCGACGGCUUGUUCCUUUUUGCGUUACUAGCUGACUGCUUACUUCCGUGUGGACGGCUUUACUGCUGUUACCAGUUUGCCCAGUGGCUCGCCGCAUAUAUCAGUAUACUUGGGAUGCAGAGCAGAGUUGACAGCGACGACGGAGUUCGAGUGAAGAGCGCUUCCAGAAUCCAGAUAAAAAAUAAAUAAAUAAACAACAGGCUGGAAAUGUGGUGAAAUCACACAGCGACGACGGCUUUUCUUUUUCUAGAUUACUUAUGAAAACACUGUGGGUUGGGUUUAGGGAAGAGGGCGGGUGGGUGAGUUGACAGCAAACUGACCUGGUUGGCUGAAGUGUAUGCACCACACACCAGCUGAUUGGUGGAGAGGAGGCAGAGUGAUGAAGCCUAUUAUGAUACAGGGAUGGUUAGGAGGCCAUGAUGGCCAGUGGGCAAAUUUGGCGGGAUUAAACCCCUACUCUUCCAAGGAUAUCUUGAGAUUUUUAACGACCACAGAGAGUCAGAACCUCGGUUUAACGUCUCAUUCAAAAGACAGCGCUCACUGAGCAGUAUAGAGUCCCCAUUAAUAUACUGGGGCGUUAACACCCACACAGACUGCAGGUUGAGCGCCCCCUGCUGGUCUCACUAACACCUCUUCCGACAGUAACCUAGUUUUCCCAUGUGGUUUCCCAUCCCGGUACUGACCGGGCUCAGCCAUGCUUAGCUUCAGUGGGCGACCAUGUGAGAGUUGUAGAGCGCUAGCUGUUAAAUAAAUCAACAGGGCUAAAAACCAUGGCAUCAUGCAUCAUGCAUCAGCUUUACUUUUACUAGAUAGCUUUUGUAACACUAACAAUUGUGUUUAGGAAAGGGGGUGGGUAGGUCAGCCAGUCGACUGAAGUGUAUAUUGCGCCCUCUGGUGGAUUUACGAGAGAAGAGGACGCGCGGGAGCUAUUUAAGAUCACCAAUAAGCAUACACCGUGGCCUGUUGUGGAUUUGCAAAAACAAAAACCGCGAGCAGACGGACCCCCAGUUACGUAUUUCUCUGUUUCCAGAAGUGUAGACCUGGGAACGUAUCCAUGAGCCUGGGUUGCACAAUACAAUGCAACGGGACAUAUUGUGAAUGUGAAAACUUUUGUAAUUUAUAUUGUGGUACUGAUGUACAGUGGUACUGACUGUUUUACUUCAAAAAAAGAAACGAUUUUAGGUUACUUUCUCUAUCGAGGAGUGUACGGCCAUUGGUAUUUUGUUACCAUGUGUGUGUGAAUGUACAGUAUGUGGCACUUUAUUGUUCACGAUGACGACAAGAAAAAAAAGCAUGUGAACCUCUAAAAUGAACCUUUGGAUGAAUGACUUUAAAGUGAUGAGAACAAAAGAUGAAUUAGAGGAAUGAGUGCGAUGGUCAUCCUUUCAUUUGUGGAUGAAAGCAAUAACAGAUUUACAGUACGCCAUCCGUGCUUAAAACAUUUCAGAUAGGUUUAAUUCUUUUGUUUGUAAUAUGAAACUGCUCAUUUUGUAAUGUCUAAAAAAAGUCCCCUAAAAUCUGAGAUAAAGUGUGUGUGUGUGUGUAUGUGUGUGCUUCAGGAACACUAUGAACCAGGCUGAAUAGUGGAAGAAUAUUUCAUCAUGAAAUAUGGAAAAAUGUGACCACUUACAUGAAAAAAGAGGAUUUUUCCAAGGAUUGUGGGAUAUUCUUAAUCAUUCCAGCUCUAAUGUUUAGUUUAUUUGCAAUAUCUUCAAUAAAAAGAAAAGUAUUAUUGGC